AUGGGGGAAGCAGAAGGAGCCGUGAACAGAACCAGCGGUGGAAGCAGCAGCAGUAGCAGCAGAGCAAUGGAGAGUCUUUCCUUGGAGAUAAACAGGUACCCGAGGGAUCUACUGACGAGAUUCAUGUCCAGCGAGGGUCACGGCGGGCGGAAGCGCAGAGCUUUAACCAGGGAAGAGGAAGAAGAAGAUGAAGCAGAGAGGGAAGCAGAGGAAAUCGAGCUGAAUUUGGGCCUGUCACUCGGCGGCAGAUUUGGGGUCGAUAAGACUUCAAAGAAGAUCACCCGAUCGUCGUCUAUAGCAGGUUCCAUACCGUUCCUUCAGGAGCCGGACGCAUUCAGCUCGCCCCCUGCGGCGACGUCGUACCCCUUGCUGAUGAGGACGUCGUCUCUCCCAACAGAGACGGAGGAGGAGUGGAGGAAGAGGAAGGAAAUGCAGAGCCUGAGAAGGAUGGAAGCCAAGAGACGGCGGAGUGAAAAGCAGAGGAACUUGACUACAAAUUUGAAUUCGAAUCCUAGUCUAAGAGGAUUAGUAGGAGGAGGAAGUGGAGGGGAAUUGGGUUUUUUGGAGGAAGAGAAGAAGGAAUUGUUGGUGAAUGUUAGUAGUAAUGGCAAUAGUAGGGGGAAUUGGAUGGCGAAUUGGGGGAGUUCUAGGCAAGGGGGAGUGAAUUUGAAUAGAAGCAGCAGCAGCAAUCAUUUGCAAGUUGGGUCACAAGUUUCAGUGGAAUCUCAGGGUGGGAAUAGCUCUACCUCUGGGAUGUCAGAAAUGGAGAGUAAGCCUAAUCUUCAAGGAUCAGGCAGCGCGGGCAGCGAAUCAAGAAGCCCAAUGAGCAACCAAUCCUUGCAAGACCAACGAAACCAGGCGGGGUGCUCUUCAGCCCCAAAGCUGACCACCCAAAAGUCGUCCAGAGCCGCUGUCGCAGAUCACACCGAGAACAAUCAAAUGAGCCUCACUGCCUCUUCUGCAGGAGACAAGAGGGGGAGGGAAGCUGGGACGACGAGCGCCAUGGAAGAUAUGCCUUGUGUAUUCACGAUAGGGGAUGGACCUAACGGGAGACGAGUAGAAGGCAUCCUCUACAAGUACGGUAGAGGAGAGGAGGUGAGGAUAAUGUGUGUUUGCCAUGGCAGCUUCUUGUCACCUGCAGAGUUCGUGAAGCAUGCCGGGGGCAUCAAUGUCGACCACCCUCUUAGGCAUAUAGUGGUUAACCCUGCAGGUCCGUCCUUUUGUUAA